CUUGUUCUUUGCCGCGAUGCUCAUGGUCGCCGUGGCCGAGUUCGGCAAGGACCCCAAGGUGACGGCGGACAUGGUCAAGAUCGGGACACAAGUGGAGUACACGGGCAAGAAGGGCAGGUCGGCGGGGAAGAAGACGACGGUGGUGACGGACGCGGAGGCCUUGUGGGCCAUGCUCUACGCUGACGACGCGGCCAUCGUCUCGCGCUCGCCGGAGUCUCGAGAAGAUGAUGUUGGGAUCGAGGAACGCCCGUUCACGGUCAGCGCCGCCGGCCAGACGUACAAGCAGACAGAUCGGUUUGUGUACCUCGGGCGUACCAUCUCCGCGAACGGGAAGGCCGACCGGGAGAUCACGAGCCGCAGCUGCCGAGCGUGUAAGUGCUACCGCCGGAACAGUGCUUCGAUGUAUGACAGGCGACGGGCCGACUGCCAGCUCAAGAUCCGGCUACUCCAGGCUGAAGUGGUGGAGACUCUCCUAUAUGGGUGCGCCUCGUGGAGCCUAACAGCGGAGCACUACACGAAGCUCAAUGGGACCCACCGCCAGUUCCUUACACGGUGCAUCGGCUGGAGCAAGCGGAAACGCUCAGACCGCCCCCUGUCCUAUGCCCAGGCCCUCAUCCAGGCAGGCUGCGAGGAAACCAUCGAGGCCACCGUGCGCAAACGGAGACUGUGUUUCGCGGGCUUUGUUAUGCGCACGGAGGACAACCGCCUCCCCAAGCGCAUGCUGCUAGGAGCGAUGGCGGGGGGCGUGGGGUACCGGGGCGGGCAGGAGAGCGACUGGGUGUCUCGUCUAGGAGAGGACCUCGUGACCUUCAACGUGGGCGACGAAAAGGAAGGGGUGAAAUGGAAAGCGAGCGCCAAGGACCCGGAGGUGUGGUACAACAAGGUCGAGGACGGGGCGGCAUGGCUCAUGAAGAAAUGGCACAGGCAGGAGGCGGAAGCGUCCGCGAAGCGCCAACGCGCGAGGGAAGCAGAAGCAGAGAGUACGGCCAUCUCAGGACCGAAGAUAAAGAGAUUCGGGGAAGCGGCGGUGGGGGGGAAGAAACGGCGACCGGGCACUGCUGUAGAAGCGAGUAGGGCGGCCGAGGCAGCACUUGUGGCGAACUAUGUACCCGGCUGA